AUGGAACACGAUUCUAUAUUGAAGAAAUCUUUCAGCGAUCGUCUUCUUGAGAUGAUGGCUCGUUUGAGAUCAAAGAAGCAGCUAUCUCAGGAUGAAAGGUAUCGCACCACACUCAUGAAUCUCGAUGACUAUCUGGCGCAGCCCGAGGAGGAUCGAAAAAUAGGAUCGAAACUGAAGCUACUUCAGAACUUCAUAGAUUCGCAUGCAAAGUAUUACCACGACAAGCCGAUAGGCCUGUCGAAGGAGGAGAUAUUGGCCCUCUUGGAAAAGAAACUCUUCACAUCAGACAGGGAAGCGACCUGGAGACUCGCAUACAAUCUCUAUCAUUUCAACUCUCACAGAGAAACGUUUAUUCGCAUCGUAAUUUCGAAAGCGAUAGCUUUGGGCAUCGACUUCCAUGGCAAUCCUGACAUUUCUCUUCUUCCACAGGAGAUUGUACUGUUCAUGACUGCUUUUAAGGAGACCCCUCGCUCGAAGGAAACUUCACAAGUGGACGAUGUAGCUCUGUGUGAAUGGCGACGUCUCGGGAUGUUUCUUCUUUCCGGCCCGAAGACCAAGACAGUACAGCUUCGGAAUUCGGGCUUGAGGAUCGAUGCAAUGUUAAACUUACUUGAUGAGAUCCUCAGUCCAUUUGCAGAAACUGUUCAUACCGGUGAAGGCAGUGGGAGAAGGUUGGAUAAUCUUCGAAGACUACUUGAGAUAGGGACGGAGUUUGGGGUAUUACUGUUUGGGCAACCUUGCGGUUGGGAGCUCAAUUGGGCCGUAAGGCCGUCAGAUGAAACUCAAAGGGAACUUGAGGUUCUGAAUAAUGGCCUAGCACACAGCUCAAAAGCCUCAGAGCUAGUUACCAAUAUCGGCAAUACGCAAUACCCACCUUUGGACAACGGCUUAGAACCUGAGCCUGAUCCACCGAAGCGGAGACGAAGGAGGCGGCUCGGACGUAGUCAGUCUAUGAAGGAAAAGAAGUCUCGAGAACAACCACAAGGAAAAUUCUACCCACCUAGCACUUGGAGAAGUCAAAACUUUGACACGUUUGUGGAAGAGAAAUCUGGAGCUAGUUUGCAACGGACGAUUACCGGGGGAUCCGACACUCAGCAUCGGCACCAGCACCGUCUACAUCCUUCGCAUCCUCAGCAUCCUCAUUAUGACCAAUCUCUCUCUCUGAGGUCUCAGUCUGAAUCCAAUUUCUCGCCGGCGUCCCACCAAGACUGGGUAACUCCUGGCAGUAAACACAAUGUGCCGACAACGCAAAAUGAAAUGGGGUCAAACGAUGAAAAUUAUCGCAAAGAUGAAAUUAAAGAUAAACCCUCUCCAACGCUCCCAAAAGACGUCAGCGCCAUUGAGCUACAGCUCAAUGAACCUCCAUUAAGGCUUCAAGAGCAUCCCGGCACGCGAUCAAGAGAGACACAGCAAGAGACCUCGUUCUUGGACGGACCAGAGACAAAAUUCACACCGGAACCAGCUUCCACCGCUCCGAGAAGGCAAACAGCGAAACCCAUAACGUAUUUCCCGGCCCUUCUCAAGACCAGAGACGAAUAUGGGUGCAAAUUAUCUCAACAUAUUGUGGUAUCAGAGCCUGUGGUAGACAAAUCUUUCUUGACGCAUUAUUAUUAA